AUGGCUUCUUGUGGCAUUACUGAAAUGCCAAUUUCAAAGGGUGACAAACUAAGCAAAGAGCAGUGUCCCAAGAGUGAGUUGGAAAGAAGAAACAUGGAAGGCAAACCAUAUGCCUCUCUUGUUGGAAGCUUGAUGUAUACACAAGUGUGCACAAGACCUGAUCUUGCUUUCAGUAUUAGUGUUCUUGGAAGGUUUCAAUCUGACGCAGGGGUGGCUCACAUGAAUGUAGCCAAGAGGGUAUUGAGGUACCUUCAAAGAACCAAGGAUCAUAUGCUUAUUUACAGGAAAACUGAUGAGCUUGCGUUAAAAGGGUAUAGUGAUUCAUGUUUUGCUGGAUGUCCAGAUGACCUUAAGUCUACAUCAGAUCCUUUAAACAAAGCAGUUCCGGUUGUGGUUUUCAAGAAGCAUUUUGCAAAGAUGGGUCUGUUAGCUAGUUUUGAUGAUGUUAAUUAG